ACCCGUCAGCCGCCAGCCCCCAUUUUCAUUUCCAUGCUUACCUUUUAGAGACAGUACAACAUUAACUAACACAUUGCAACAACUGCGCAUUCUCAACGCUGAUCCGGACCCGGUCGCCUCAAUGCGAUUGACAGCAUCAUCAGUUCACGGUUCUCCAUAAUCCAAACUCAACCGAAUCAUUCGGGCACAAGAUCUGCGGCGCAACCCGCCCCCGACCACAUCCAAAAUGGCUCCGCUCUGGAGUUCCUUGUCCUCGUUAUAUCAGCAAUACAGCCCACUGCCCACGGGCGAGUCCUCGAAUGGCACACCCGAUUCUUCUCUCAACUCCCUCAAAGUCCGCCCCAGUAUAGGCCAGAUCCUCAUGUCCAAGAGAGUGCGGUACGCCGGAACAGCCAUUGCGGCGCUCGGGCUCUUCGUCCUGGCCUUCAGAAACUACGACUCCCUGCCCUCCCUCGAGACACUCAAGUCAGGCUACGGUGCCGUUGCCUCGAACCCCAACUCAGAUUGCCCCGUGGCAUCCAUACCUGCCUCUUAUGACGAUAGCCAUAUCAACUGGCACAGAUACGCCUACACACAAUAUGUCACAAACCAGGCCUAUCUGUGCAACUCGGUCAUGAUCUUCGAGACCCUCCAGAGGCUGAAGAGCAAGGCCGACCGUGUCAUGAUGUACCCCGAAACCAUGAUGGAUCCCAAGGCCACAAGUGGAGCGACCGAGGAGCAGAGGCUCUUGAUCAAGGCCCGCGACAAGUACCAGGUCAAGCUACAGCCGGUCGCUGUCCAGAAGCGAAUGGGUGGUGACUCGACUUGGGCCGAGUCCUUCACCAAGCUCCUCGCCUUCAACCAAACCCAAUACGAAAGAGUCCUGAACAUGGACUCGGACGGUACAGUUCUCCAACACAUGGACGAGCUAUUCCUUUUGCCCCCGUGCCCUGUAGCCAUGCCCAGAGCAUACUGGCUGUUCCCCGACUCCAAGAUCCUGUCUUCGCAACUCAUGCUGGUUCAGCCCAGCGCCGUCGAGAUGGACCGCAUCAUGAAGAAGAUGGACGAAGCAGGCAAGAACGACUACGACAUGGAGAUUGUCAACCAGCUCUAUCUGGAUCAAGCGAUGAUCCUGCCUCAUCGUCCCUACGAUCUGUUGACUGGCGAGUUCCGGGGUAGCAACCACGAAAAGUAUCUAGGCACAGAUAGAGAAGAGUGGGACCCCCUCAAAAUCUACAAUGAGGCCAAGUUCUUGCACUUCUCCGAUUGGCCUGUGCCGAAGCCCUGGAUCCCAAUGCAGGACAGCAUGCGCAAGGACAAGCAACCAGAGUGCGUGCAGAAGGAUGGAGCCGAGGACUGUACGGCCAGGCAGCUUUGGAAUGAUUUCUACAACGACUUUGCUAAGCGGCGCAAGGACGUAUGUAACACCAAGCCUUCCAGGAGGUAAAUCGGAUAGUGCUCUUUGCCUGCGAUAUCAUCAUGAGAGCGAUCAUUCAAAAACGUGUAUAUUUAAUGUGGCAUGAUAUGAUUAGAUACCAAGAAGCCAGUAUGUUUUUGUGGCAUACAU